AGUCUUAUUUAUUGUACAAUAAGAUGGAAAAUGUUACUAGGCUUCACAGGCAAGGGUUUACUAUUUGUUGCAUAAAAGACAAUGCAGUACCAUAAUAUUAACAUUAUACAAAAAAAAACUUUUAUGGAGUCAUAUCACAGUCAUUUUAGACAUAACACUGUAACUUCAUAAACAGAACAGUCCUCUGUUCCCUACACUGGGCAUUUAAGACAAUGCACAGAAAGGCAUGAUGAUUUUGAGAGAGCAUUUUACAUACAAAUAUGUAUUUAAUUAGCUUGCUAUCUGAAAGUAAGAGGUUUAUGGCAAAGCUGUCCUCUAGUCUGGAUACUGAACUCCACCCUCACUGAGGCGUGCUACCAAACCAGAUCCACAGGGAAGCCAAACAAACAGGAUUUCAGAAAAGAGUUUAACAGCCGCUGAAUUACAAGAGAAAAGAUACAUCCAAAGUUGCUGUAUUCUUCAUCAGAGAUAUUCAGUGUUAAAGAGGAUCAGAGGACACCAAGUGUGACUUGGCCAUACUCUGAGCCAUGGACUGGAAGACUUUUCAAGCCCUGCUCAGUGGGGUGAAUAAAUACUCCACUGCAUUUGGCCGGAUCUGGCUCUCAGUGGUUUUUGUGUUCAGGGUGAUGGUUUACGUUGUAGCGGCUGAGAAAGUUUGGGGCGAUGACCAGAAAGACUUUGACUGCAACACCAAGCAGCCGGGCUGCGCAAACGUCUGCUAUGACCACUUCUUCCCCAUUUCCCACAUCCGACUGUGGGCCCUACAGCUCAUCUUCGUCACCUGUCCAUCACUGAUGGUGGUAAUGCACGUGAAGUACCGUGACGAGUGCGAACGCAAGUACCGUGAGAAGCACGGUGAAAAAGCCAAGCUCUACGACAACACGGGGAAGAAACACGGUGGACUGUGGUGGACGUACCUGAUCAGCCUUUUUGUCAAGACUGGCAUCGAGAUCACCUUCCUGUACAUUCUCCAUCACAUUUAUGACAGUUUCUACCUGCCACGGCUGGUGAAGUGUGAGGUCCAGCCAUGUCCCAACAUUGUGGACUGUUACAUUGGACGACCCACAGAGAAAAGAGUCUUCACCUACUUCAUGGUUGGAGCUUCAGCUCUUUGCAUAGUGCUCAGUGUCUGUGAGAUCAUCUACCUGAUCUCCAAACGCGUCAUUCGAUGUGCCAACAAGUGUAAGAGGCACCAAAGAAGCAGCACACCGCUUAAUGGACAAUACCGAGACGAGGACAGCAACUGCACCAUUCCUAUGCAUGAAUUGGACAGCAAACCCAAGGUUAAAAUAGAGUCUAAACCAGACUUUAAGCCUGAGUAUAAACCUGGGUCUAAACCACAGUUUAAAUCUGAACUCAAGCCAAUAUUUAAGCCAGCCUACAGAUCGAGUGUAGACAUGAGAGCUUCUGCUCCAAACCUCUCAGUACCCAUGUACAAGAUACAGUCUGAUAUACUUUGAAGAAUGUUUCCAUGUUUCCUUCUCCAUCAAGUAUUCACAGAGUGAUCUGGGGGCAUAAAACAAACUUUGAAUAUCUGGACAGUCUCAAAAUCUUUCAUCGUCCAUCAAGACCUAUAAAACUGCCAGUCUUCUUGAGUGUUUGUUAUUUGGCAGAUGGUUCGUGAAAUUCUAUAUGCCAGAUUUCAGAAACUUUUGCCUUGGAAACAGCAGGGAUUAAGUGUCUUGCUUAGUGGAGAUCAACCAGGAUUGUGAUAACACUGGUACCUGGGUUCAGACCUGGAGUCGUUUGAUUAAGAGCCUAGUUCCUUCAGGCUUCAACUUCAGCUCAAAGUACUGCAUAACUGCCAUGAUCCUAAGAAUUAAUGGGGACUGAAUGCAUUGCUCUCUGAUUCAUUCCUCUCAUUAAUUUCUUAAAAAGUGCAAAGGUGAAAACCCAUGAAAAAGCUCAAGAGUUAUCAAGUAACCAGGAAGGCAUUCAUGGAGAACACACCUUGCAUACAAAACCCACUUCCACCUUCACACACACACUAAAAGAUAGGAGGAAGAGUGGAGUUCAUUGUAUGUUAGAAGACGUAAUGAAAAUGCCUCAUGGGUGUCAUUGUUUACGUUGUCUCAUUUCUCAAUGUCCUGGUAUUUGUUAUAAAGAUCAGAACAAAGUUUAAAAGUUGAAGCUGUUCCAACUUUGAGUUUCAUAGAGAUCAUAGUGGAUGUCUAUAUGCAAACACACCUGAACUCUAUCUGAACUUAAAUUCUUAUGCUGGAAAAAUGGGAGGUAUAUAAAAUAUAACAGUGUCCACAAGAUGGGCAAUCAGGGAAAGUUUUUCUUCCAUUAUUUGUUGUAACUUUACUGUAGACUGUGGACUAAACGCAUCUGAUCUACACGUGGCAAGCAUUUGCAAGAGUUUGACUUUGCUCAGACUUGCUGUUAAGAUUGUUACAUAUUUAACUGAGAUUUUUCAUUAUGCUGCACACCCUGCCUUU